AUGUGCGCAAAUUUUCCUAGGUAUUUACUUUCGAAAAAGACAAAUAAUACAAAAUUAUUUAUGGGAAAGAAUUUGCUGAAAAUAAUUAUCCUCUAUUUGCUUCGCUCUCUCUCUCUCUCUCUCUCUCUAUCUAUCUAUCUAUCUAUCUAUCUAUCUAUCUAUCACUACACAGACACGCAAAGACAGACGCGCGUUUUCCCCAGUUUGCUCGACCAAACACUUGCACGUUUUAGCCAUAGCCAUUUAGCCGUUCUUUCUGCUGUCUCGGUAAUGGUUUGGAUAGCUUUUCGUUUUUUUAUUCCCACUAUCCCAAUAUCUAUUAAGGCGCUGACUAGAGAUUUUACCACAAAACCCCUUGUGCCUACUUCGAUUGGUUUGCAGCUUGCCUUCCAUCCAUUAUCCCUACAACUUUCCAAUAAUUCAUCGUAUUUUAGUUUUUUUCCUUUCACUGGCCUCUUCUGCGUUAUCCUCAUAACAGACUGUUAG